GACCAAUAGUUUUCGAUGAUACCUUCUUCUUUCUGGUCAUAGAGCGGUGCGUGCAGGUUCCGUGUGUUUAUUUUGUUCUGGUCCCAUCUUCGAGCUUUCAAUUGACAGGUCGGACCGGUUCUUCGAAGUUUAUUUUACAACGAGCUUGGAAUGAGGCAAACAGUUGCGUUGUUUUUUGCGCUCGUCUUCCUCGCGACGACGGUUACCGCCGACGAUGGCGAUCUGGACGAGCUCAUCAAUAGUCUCUUCACUAAAGCACCCCUCGAUUCAGGUUCAAGUGUGACGAGUACAGCUCCACCACUACCCCCUGCACCAUCUGUAGGCUCAAAGUCGUCCUGUGAACAUGGUCAACGGUGUAUUCAAAAAUACUUGUGCACAAACGCCAGCACGUCCGGAGAAGGUCAAAUUGAUAUUCGAUUCGACGGUGACAAUCCUUGUGUAGAUUACCUUUUACAGUGUUGCUACGAGGAAGAUAUUAUUCAAGAGCCGCCUAUACCACCAACACCAAAACCACCGGUUGAGCCUGUUCUGAUUCAUCCUGGCUGUGGUAAACGCAAUGCGGAUGGAAUUGGGUUCCGUAUAACCGGACAGAAAGACAGCGAGGCAGAGUAUGGCGAGUUCCCGUGGAUGAUGGCGGUGUUACGCCAAGAGAAUGCGCUUGACCAAGUAUUGAAUGUAUACUUGUGUGGAGGAUCUUUGAUUCAUCCUAAAGUUGUUCUUACGGCUGCUCAUUGUUUGCACAACAGAUCACCUACCCAACUGAAAGUCCGUGGUGGAGAAUGGGAUACACAGACGCGCAACGAAAUCUAUCCCCAUCAGGAUCGCUCUGUGAUUGAAGCGAUUACACAUCCAGAUUAUUACAAAGGAGGAUUAUACAAUGACGUCGCUCUCCUGAUUCUGGAUUCUCCGUUUAGCUUAGAUGAAGGUAUUCAGACUGUUUGCCUUCCCCCGCAGGGUGCUAAAUUUGAUCAACAAAGAUGUUUUGCUUCCGGAUGGGGAAAAGAUGUAUUUGGUAAAUCUGGAACUUAUCAGGUCAUUUUAAAAAAGAUUGAUCUACCAGUUGUUACGCACUCGCAGUGCCAGUCGGCAUUGAGAACCACGCGCCUUGGAUCGAAGUUCACUCUACACAAAAGCUUUAUAUGCGCUGGUGGAGAGCAAGGUUACGACACUUGUAAGGGAGACGGUGGAUCGCCGCUGGUCUGUCCUAUUCAAGGCUCUCAUAUGCACUAUUAUCAAGCCGGAAUCGUAGCGUGGGGUAUCGGAUGUGGUGAAAAUCUAAUCCCUGGAGUAUACGCAGACGUCGCAAAUUUCCGAAAUUGGAUCGACCAACAUAUGCAUCAACGCCAGCUUGACAUCAGCAGCUACUCGCCGUAACAUGUCACAUUCCUUUCUCAAUCCUAAGCACUGAUGUUUUCCUAUCAGUGAAACUUCCAUGAAACGACCAUAGCGAAAUGAUCCCUGAUAAUAGGUUAUCAAAAUAAAACAAAAAUAUGAAACAUUUUA